AUGGCUAAACGCUCUAUCUUCGUGGCCACGCAUCCCCGAGCAUGCUCGACGGCCUUUGAAAGAGUCUUCAUGACCCGCCAUGACACUCUAAAGUGCAUCCACGAACCGCUCGGUGAUGCCUUUUACUAUGGCCCGGAAAGGCUGAGCAAGAGAUAUGAGGAUGACGAAGAUGCCAGAGUCCAGACGGGCUUCCACCAGUCGACUUUCAAGACUAUCUUCGACCGCUUGGAUACAGAAGCUUCAGAGGGGAAACGACUCUUCAUCAAGGAUAUGGCAUACUACAUCAUGCCGCCGGACGCGCAGCCAGCAACCACAGUAGCCUCACUUCAGAUACCCAAGCGUGGAAUUAGCACCACCAUGCACACCAACGGAGCCUCUUCUAAUGGUGUGGCCGCAGCUCAUGUAACUAAUCCGGAACCUGAAAACCCAACAGUCGUCCCGCUAGAGCUGCUCUCGAAAUUCCAUUUCGCCUUCUUGAUCCGUGAUCCGCACUAUAGUAUCCCAUCGUUCUACCGCUGCACCAUCCCACCACUAGGCAAUAUCACUGGGUUUUAUGAGUUCUACGAAAACGAAUCUGGAUAUGACGAACUGCGCCGGCUCUUCGACUACCUUCGCAAAAUCCAGUUUGUCGGUCCAUCCCACGCAUCCACAGUCCAUACCGCAAGUGCAAACGCAACCAAUGGAGCCACCAAUGGAGUACAUGGUGAGCCAGAAAAGGUCGAAAUAUGCGUGGUCGACGCAGACGACCUCCUAGAUAACCCAGCUGCUGUGAUCGAACGCUUCUGCAAGAGUGUUGGGGAAGAGUACAACCCUGAAAUGCUCCAAUGGUCCUCCGAGAAAGACCAGAAAGUAGCUCAUGACGCCUUUGCCAAAUGGCAAGGCUUCCAUGAUGAUGCUCUGGGAUCCAAGAGCCUGCGUCCAAGAGCCCACCAACCAAAACUGAAGAAGAGUUUGACGCAGAGUGGAAAGGAGAAAUAUGGUGAGAAAGGAGCAAAGAUCAUUCGCUCGGCCGUGGACCGAAACAUGGCGGAUUACCGCUAUCUGAAGAAAUUCGCUAUGAAGAUAUAA